AUGGAGAAAUCAAAAUCAGUUGGUAGUGUUGAUGGCGGUGUUGAAUUGAUUUUCGAUUCAAAAUUGGGAACUUAUGGGUGGUUCAGCUGCACCAGCGGCGGCGGAGAAGGAGUUUUUGGAUUAAGGAGAGAGAAGAAGAAAGUGAAAAUUGAGAGGGAAUAUCCGCCGCCGAUCCCAGGGCUUGCGAAGACGGAGAAUGUUCCGUCUUCACAAAUGCCGUGGGUGAUGAAGAGGUAUCAUACCUCUGAUGGACGAUUGAUUAUCAAAGAGGAGAAAGUGAAGCGAUUUGAGUAUUUCGAGACUCACCGUACUGAAGGAAGGUUAAUGCUGAAUCUCAUUCCGUUAAACGACGACGUUGGUGAUUCAGAUGAUGACGACGAUGCUGCUGAUGGAGGCGAUGUGGUUGAAAAGGAUGGUUGUGAUCAAGGGGAGAUUGAUCGGACGGCGCCGGAGGAGAGUGAAUCGGCAUUGGUUAAUGGGGGUGGUGGUGGUGUUGUGAUCGGCGGUGGUGGAAGCGGAGGAGUGAAGUGUUCGAGUUUGUGUACGUUUGGUGUGGCGGCGCCGGCGAUAACGCCAGUUCAUACAUAA